AUUAACGCGACGAAUUCAAUAAAUUCGGAUCAGAAACCCGAUUGCUGAAGAUUGCAAGCUAUUGAAGCCUCUGGACUCUUCUAUCAGACGAGAUUUUAUUGCUAUGGGGUCAACUGCUGUCGACCAGCCGUACCGGCCCACACCGGCCGACAUCACCAUCGACAACCACAAGCCGGGAGACCCGUCGAAGAUCUUAUUCCGGAACGUCCGCAUUUUAGAUUCGACUGGCCGCGCUCCCUAUGGCGGGAGCGUCUUGAUCGAAGGAGAACGCAUCGUUGCCGUAGGCGAGGUCAGCGACUCAACCGCGAAGGGUGCCCUGGUAAUCGAUGGCGAAGGCAAGAAGACAUUGAUGUCCGGCCUGAUGGACGCGCACACCCACCUCAGCUGGAACAACUCGCCUACAAUUGACGGCCUGACCAGUCAGCCCCUCGAAGAACAUGUUUUGCUCACAGCCCAGGCGGCCAAGAUGUACCUCGACUGCGGAUAUACCAUGUGUUUUGGCGCCGCAUCGGCUCAGCCUCGGCUCGAUAUCGCCAUCAAGAGCGCCGUCAAAUCGGGUAUGAUACCCGGGCCGCGGAGCCUGGCGAACGCGCCGGAGAUUACCACCACUGGGGGGGCAAUCGUACCCGAUAUAUCGCGCAAUGCGGAUGGGCCGCAUGAGAUGCGGAAGCGGGUUCGAGAGUUUAUUCAGCUUGGGGCAGACAAUAUCAAACUGAGUAUGAGUGGCGAUGAUAUGAACCCUACGAUGCCCAGUACGGAAACCUAUUUCACACUGGAGGAGACGGUAGCGGCGGUGGAGGAGGCGCAUAACCGGGGGAAACGGGUCUGUGCGCAUGCUAGAAGCGCGCUCUCCGUCAAGUAUGCUGUUCAAGCAGGAGUUGACGUGAUUUAUCACGCUAGUUUUGUCGACGAAGAGGGAAUGAACUUGCUAGAGCAGAAGAAAGAUCAGGUUUGGGUCGCUCCGGCUUUAAACUUCUUCUAUACCACCUGCACCGGUGAGGCGACUCCAUACGGCCUGACCGCUGAAGCCGCAGCGAAGAAGGGCAUUAAAUUCGAGGUGGAUACAGCCUGCAAGGCAAUGCAGGAAAUGCGCAAACGGGGAAUUCGAGUUAUGCCCGGAGGUGACUAUGGUUUUGCCUGGGCUCCUCAUGGGACGUAUGCAAGAGAUGUGAAACAUCUUGUGGACUUAUUCGGAUACACUCCGAUGGAGAGUAUCAUUGCUGCGACUGCGUGGGGAGGAGAGAUGAUGGGAUAUCCAGACGCAUUGGGGAAGGUGGUGCCGGGAUAUUAUGCGGAUGUGAUCCUCGUGGACGGUGAUCCUCUGUCUGAUCUGGAGAUUUUGCAGAAACAAGAGAACUUGCAUGCGAUUGUUAUUAAUGGGCAUAUUCAUAAGCAUGUUGUCCCUUCCCACGACGUCUAUGUUUGAUGAGUUUAUAUCAGUAUAUUGAAUCACGGUAGUACGAUGAAUAUCCGGAAUAUCUCGCUUUCUGUCUUGCAACAGGUGCUUAUAUUUUGUAUACUAGAAUGAAUGACAGUGGGCCCCUGACACCAAAUCUCACCUGUAUCCUUGAACUAUUUACCAUCUGUUUGAUGACCUUCCAGCACGACUACCUAGCUAAAUAUAGUAAGGAUGCCGAUAUUGAAUAGUCUG